AUGGACCAACCAGGUCCAUCGACUUCUAACCAAGAUCCUCGCUUUGAUUUCAUCGGCUCUUACGCUGUAAAGUCGCUUAAACUUAAGCCUGAGAAAUGGAUGCGACUUGUGAGCGUAGAAGAGCACAGAAGUAUUCUAAAAGAAUUCGUAGACAAGCCCUUUCCUUUGCUUUUGGUCGUAGUUUUGACUCACGCCGCGCAGCUUGUUCCUGUAAUCUCAUUUCCUUGUUGUCUAAAAAAUAAAGCAGUAUAUUACAUUAAAAAGAAGCCCGAUGUCGUCCCCAGAGAGAACUGUGCUGAUAUGGUUAUUUUUGGCGAUUUAGCACCUAGAUUGAUAGACGAGCUGGCAUCGCUAGUGGACGAGGUGUUUGUGCCACUUCUCUCCAACCCUCUGAACCACGAAGGCUGGCCGCUGGUCGUGUCGCAAGAUAUUCUCAAACAAAUUCAUAAUCUCAAAAGCACCGUAUACGAGGUGAAAGGUAAAGUGAACGGGCAGACGGUUCUCCCCAUGCCUGUUGGCGUAGAAUUAGUGCAUGAAGCCGAAAAAGAAAUAUUAAAAGGAAAAGAGGUCGAUUUAUAUCUGAAGAGUGCUAUCGAAGGCGUCGUCAUAAAAUGGGCUCAGCAGAUCAAUGAUGUCAUGACAGAGGACUCCUCACAAGCCUUUGAUAACGGACAAAACCCAGUACCUAGUGUUGAACUGGCUUUUUGGAAAUCUAGACUAAGCAACUUGAAUUACAUUUACGAUCAGUUGCGUACAGAGAGAGUUCGUUGUAUGGCGGUUAUACUUGAGAAGACCACAUCAGCGUAUUAUCCGUGCUUUAGUCGAUUGUUCAAGAACAUUGUUUCAGCUUUAGCAGAAGCUCGUGAAAUCGAUUUAUAUCUGAAAACAUUAGAGAAGCAUUUCCAAGCGUUGGAAGAUACAGACUUUACUGAGUGUCAGCCUUUGUUCCGACCUCUGUUCCAUGUGAUUUGCAUGGUGUGGAGAGAUUCAAAAUACUACUGCAGCUCCUCAAAAUUGAUGGUUCUUAUUAAACAAAUAUGCAAUUUACUUAUUUAUCAGGCAAAGAAAUGUUUAGAUCCCAGUACACUAUUUCAUAGCGACAUCGACGAAGCGAGACAACGUAUUCAACUUACAAUUGACAUUUUAAAGAAGUUUCGGCAAACAUUUGAUUAUUUCAAGGAAAAGUUACCAAAAUAUUUCAUGGAUCGAGUAGUGGUGCCUUGGACGUUUCAUCCCAACGUCGUUUUCGAACGAAUGAAUAAAUUUCUUGAUAGACUGAACACCAUACAAUGGUUUUUUAAAACUGUUUUGGAAUUUCAAAAGCUUGAGAAGAUAGAAGUGGGAGGAAUGAAAGGUCGUGUAUUAAGUGGUCAAAUAAGAGACAUUUCAGCGGAAUUCGAUGCUUAUUUCCAUGAAUUUGCUUCAAAAUCCUACGAUGUUUUGGAACCAGACGAUGAUACAUUUAAUACGGACUUUAAAGAGUUUCAAGAGAAUAUUAUCGACUUAGACCUUAAAUUAUCCACAGUUUUAGUCGAGUCAUUCGAUAACUGUUCCACUUUAGAAGCUAUUUUUAAGUUGAUUGAUAUUGUUGGAUCCGUUUUAGAUCGACCGUUGAUCAAAAACGAAUUUACAGCAAAAUAUGUCGAAAUAAUUGUUAUGUUAGAGAAGGAGUUGCAAAUAUGCGAGGAAUUAUUUAUAGAGCAGUCAAAUCGUCUGUACAAGUACGGCCACAUGGAGAUCGACCUGUAUAUGCCGCCGGUGGCAGGUGGCCUGCUAUUCAUGACGAUGCUGGCCGCGAGGAUCACCAAGCCUAUAGCCUGCUUUCGCAGUUUGCCGCACCCGAUUAAGGGUGCGGAUGAAGCCAUUAAAUUAUUUGAAAGAUACGACAAGCUUAUAGAAAAUAUUAAUGAGUUUAAAAAGAAAUAUUUUAACGAAUGGGCUGCUACCGUUCCUAAAAUAAUACUAGAUAAUACGAAUAAGCCAAUCCUUGCCCGGCAAGGAUCAGACUUAGUACUCAAUUUCAGUCAAAAAGUGAGUAAACUAAUGAAAGAAGUUCGGCACAUGAAAAAUAAUUCCGAUGUGCAGGAUCUCUUACCUAAAGAGAGUUUGGAAGUUUUUGACAAACAAGAAACUUACCGACAAUACAGGAUCAAUUUAACUAUAACUAUUGAUUGGUAUAAUCAAAUAAGGAAAGAUAGUCAGAAAGUUGAGUUUGAUUUGGUGGAAGAUGAAAUAAAGGCAAUCGAUCAAAGAAUCGAAAUGGCGCAAAAUAAACUUAACUGGAACUCUGAAGAUUUAUGGACCUAUUCCGAAGAACUGCAUAAGUUAGUGGGAAACUUAUAUCAGCGUAUGUCUAAAAUACAAGAUAAUUUAAAGGAAAUCAAAGCGGUUCUAAAGGUAUGGGCUACGCAACCGUUAUUUCAAAGGAAAGAAGAAAAAAAGGAUACACUUUUAAAUUUAGAUGAUCGUCUUGAAAAAAUUAACAAGCGUUAUAGUGAUAUUAAAGAUACGGCUGAGCGAAUAACAACGCUACUGAACGAAAACAUGUUGCUAUUUAACAUGCAAGAAAAUCAAGACAGUGAAAUUUGGUUAGCGUACGUCGCCUUUAUAGAUUCACUGUUCCAAGAAUCUUUGUUUAAAUCUAUAGCUUGCAGUCUUGGUUAUAUAUGUGAACACAUGAAUCCCAAAAAUAAGUUAGCGCCUCUGUUUGAAGCUCAAUUAGAAUUAUUAGAGCCAGAUAUGGUUUUUGCUCCAAGCUUAGAGCCAGACGACGAGAAAGGCUUUAUGGCAUUGAUAAAUAAUCUCAUAACAGACAUUUUGAAAAUGGCUUCUAUAAUUAAACGGAUAGAUCCAAAAAAAGAAAAGACCUACGAAGAUGAAAUUAUAGGACACGUUGAUAUUAUAGACAUGAAAGAAGAGAUAUUAAAUGGAAUAGAGAGGGUUAUUGAAGAAGCAAAUGAUUUCUGUAAAACAUUCGAAAACUACUCUUAUUUAUGGUUGGAAGAAAGAGACGCAGUAAUGGAAAUAUUCUUGACUUAUGGACGACUUUUAAAUCCCGAUGAAAUUGAUAAAAUUGGUUCUGAAGAUAAGGAUGUACAAGGACCGAUACCUAGUACCCCCAAAAUGGAAGCAUUUAGAGAACAAAUAGAUCAUUACGAGAAUCUUUUCCUAGAUAUCGAAGACAUGGACUCAUAUAAAGUGUUCAAUUCUUGGUUUCAGGUUGAUAUAAGACCAUUUAGGCAGGCGUUAUUGAACACUGUCAGAAAAUGGGGUAACAUGUACAAAGAGCAUUUAGUAAAUAACGUGAUUUCUAGCCUCAGUGACCUUGGAAAUUUCAUUAGACAAGCAGAUGAAGGUUUACUGCAACCUGUUCCCGAAGGUGACUACGAAGCUUUAGUAACAGUAAUGGGUUACUUGAUGAAUGUUAAAGAAAGAGCAAUGACCACAGAUGAAAUGUUCCAACCAUUGACGGAAACAAUUGAAUUACUCAAAUUUUAUGACAUGGAUAUACCAGAAGAAGUCAACGUUCUUUUACAAGAAUUACCCGAGCAAUGGCAAGCCACUAAGAAGCUAGCUCUGACUGUAAAGCAACAAGUAGCACCACUGCAGGCUGCAGAAGUGGCAUGUAUCAGAAAAAAGAUAACAAUGUUCGAUGUUCAUAUAACUUAUUACAGAGAAGUUUUUAAAAGAUAUGAAUUCUUUAAAUAUGAGUGCGAUGAUCCAUACGCUGUGAUGUCCAGAGUAGACAAUGAAGUGUUACAUUUGGAAGAUGAGAUGAAAGGCAUUCAGGAAUCUGGUUCAUUGUUUGAAGUAAAUGUACCAGAGUUUAAGCUGUUAAAACAAUGCAGAAAAGAAUUGCGUAUGUUAAAGCAACUUUGGGAUUAUGUUUAUAUUGUACGCACAAGUAUAGAAGAUUGGAAAACAACGCCAUGGCGGAAAAUAGACGUAGAAAAUAUGGAUAUAGAGUGUAAAAAAUUUGCGAAAGAAAUAAGAUUACUGGACAAGGAAAUGAGAGGUUGGGAUACGUACAUCAACUUGGAAGCAACCGUGAAAAAUAUGCUAACUUCGUUACGUGCAGUUGCUGAGUUACAGAAUCCAGCGAUCAGAGAAAGGCAUUGGGAUCAGCUAAUGAGAUCUACAAAGAGCUUAGCUGCAUUACCACCUGAGCUCACUGUGAGAAUCGUUAUGGAUGAAAAUACCACACUAGCAGAUUUGCUAGCACUUAAUUUGCAUGAAUGUGAAGAAGAAGUAAAGAACAUAGUGGAUAAAGCUGUUAAAGAAAUGUCUAUGGAAAAAAUAUUAAAAGAUCUUAAUACCACUUGGAGUGGAAUGGAAUUUGAACAAGAAGUUCACACACGAACGGGAUGUAUUUUGUUACGAGCAAGCGAAGAAUUAAUCGAGACCUUAGAAGAAAAUCAAGUGCAACUUCAAAAUUUAAUAACUUCGAAAUUCAUUGCUCAUUUUCUGGAAGAGGUAUCCAGUUGGCAACAAAAAUUAUCAAUUGCUGAUCAAGUUAUCUCGGUCUGGUUUGAAGUGCAAAGGACUUGGUCCCAUUUAGAAAGUAUCUUCAUGAGCUCUGAAGACAUAAGAAAGCAACUUCCCGAUGAUUCGGCUAGAUUCGAUAGGAUUGAUGCUGAGUUUAAGAUUCUUUCAAAAGAAAUGUCGAAAACGCCUAAUGUUGUAAAAGGUACCAAUAAACAAGGUUUGGUAGAAACACUUGAUAGUUUACAAAAAGAUUUAAUAAUUUGCGAAAAAGCAUUAGCUGAAUAUCUGGAGACGAAGAGAUUGGCCUUUCCUAGGUUUUACUUUGUAUCAUCAGCAGAUUUGUUAGACAUUCUAUCGAACGGAAAUCAAGCUGAAUUAGUGAUCAGACAUUUGACCAAGCUUUUUGACUCAAUCGCAAGAUUGAAUUUUAUUAAAAGUGAUAACCCGACAGAGAAACAGGCAGCUGGAAUGAUUGCUAAAGAUGGUGAAUACGUGCCUUUUCAUGGAGCAUGCGACUGUACUGGACCAGUAGAAAUCUGGCUAAAUAGACUGCAAGAAAUAAUGAGGUCAUCCAUUCGACAGUAUUUUAGUGAAGCAAUAGUUUCAUACGAGGAGAAACCUCGUGAACAAUGGCUCUUUGACUAUAUGGCCCAAGUAUCUCUAUGCUCCUCACAAAUUUGGUGGACGACGGAAGUGAAUAUGGCUUUUUCUAGAUUAGAAGAAGGAUAUGAUAAUGCACUAAAGGAUUACUACAAGAAACAAUUAGCUCAGCUGAGCACGCUUAUUACUUUACUCAUCGGUGAGCUCAGUAAACAGGACAGACAGAAAAUUAUGACGAUUUGCACGAUAGACGUACAUUCAAGAGAUGUUGUCAGUAAACUCAUACAAGGGAAAGUGGAAGCAGGAUCAGCAUUCCAAUGGCAAUCGCAACUACGACACAGAUGGGAUGAAAAGGAAUCUCACUGCUUUGCAAAUAUUUGUGACGCUCAAUUCAAAUACAGUUAUGAAUAUCUCGGUAACACUCCGAGAUUAGUGAUCACUCCAUUAACUGACCGUUGCUACAUCACAUUGACUCAGUCUUUGCAUUUAAUAAUGGGAGGUGGUCCCGCCGGACCAGCUGGUACAGGCAAAACAGAAACGACAAAGGAUCUAGGAAGAGCGUUGGGUAUUAUGGUCUAUGUAUUUAAUUGUUCAGAGCAAAUGGACUACCAGUCUUGCGGCAACAUUUAUAAAGGUUUAGCUCAAACCGGUGCGUGGGGUUGUUUUGACGAAUUCAAUCGAAUUUCCGUAGAAGUUUUAUCCGUAGUAGCAGUGCAAGUUAAAUCUGUCCAAGAUGCGAUAAGAGACAAAAAGGAAACAUUUAACUUUAUGGGGGAAAUAAUUGUACUAGUCCCAACAGUCGGAAUUUUCAUAACCAUGAAUCCUGGUUAUGCUGGAAGGACAGAAUUACCUGAAAACUUAAAAGCUUUAUUCAGACCAUGCGCAAUGGUAGUUCCAGAUUUCGAAUUGAUUUGUGAAAUCAUGUUGGUGGCUGAAGGUUUUCAAGAAGCUAAGAUACUCGCUAGAAAAUUCAUAACACUGUAUACAUUGUGCAAGGAGUUAUUAUCAAAACAAGAUCAUUACGACUGGGGACUUAGAGCAAUUAAAUCUGUGCUAGUUGUUGCCGGAUCUUUAAAGAGAGGUGAUCCCGGAAGACCUGAAGAAGAAGUUUUAAUGAGGACUCUUCGUGAUUUUAACAUACCAAAAAUUGUAACUGAUGACAUGCCCGUGUUUAUGGGGCUAAUUGGUGAUUUAUUCCCUGCUCUUGAAGUACCAAGAAAACGUGAUUUGGAAUUCGAGAGAACCGUAAAGCAAGCGGCAAUGGACUUACUGCUUCAACCUGAAGAUAAUUUUAUUCUGAAAGUUGUACAACUUGAAGAGUUAUUAGAAGUACGUCAUUCUAUUUUUAUUGUUGGGAAUGCCGGGACUGGGAAAACUCAAGUUUGGAAAACUCUUUUUAAAACAUACCAGAAUCUCAAAAAGAAACCAAUAUUCAACGAUUUAAAUCCUAAAGCCGUGACUAAUGACGAACUGUUUGGUAUUAUAAACCCAGCAACAAGAGAAUGGAAGGAUGGCUUAUUUUCGGUGAUUAUGAGAGACCAAGCGAAUAUCGUUGGAGAAAAUCCAAAAUGGAUAGUUUUAGACGGAGAUAUAGAUCCGAUGUGGAUAGAAUCUUUGAAUACUGUUAUGGAUGAUAAUAAGAUACUGACAUUAGCAAGCAAUGAAAGAAUUGCAUUGACUCCCACAAUGAGACUUAUGUUUGAAAUUUCAAACCUACGAACUGCUACCCCAGCUACCGUUUCAAGGGCUGGCAUUUUGUACAUAAAUCCCCAAGACUUAGGUUGGAAUCCAUAUGUGACAAGUUGGAUCGAAACAAGAAAGAUACCAGCAGAGAAGUCGAAUUUGGUUAUAUUGUUUGAUAAAUAUAUACCACCAUGUUUAGAAACUGUUAGAAAUCGAUUUAAGAAAAUAACGCCUAUAGCUGAUAUGGCUCACAUACAAAUGUUAUGUCACCUCCUUGAUUGUUUAUUAGUACCUGAGAAUACUCCAGCAGAUUGUCCUAAAGAAUGGCAUGAUAUUUUCUUUGUUUUUGCAUGCGUAUGGGCGUUCGGAUCUGCAAUGUUUCAGGACACAAAUGUUGACUAUAGAAUCGAGUUUACAAAAUGGUGGGUCAACGAGUUUAAAACAAUCAAAUUUCCACAAGGUGGAACCGUCUUUGAUUAUUAUAUAGAUUCAGAGACAAAACAAUUCACACCGUGGACUGAAAAGAUCACAAAGUUUGAAUUGGAUACGGAUAUUCCGUUACAGGCGGUAUUAGUACCGACAGCAGAAACUAUCAGAAUAAGAUACUUUUUGGAUUUAUUAAUGAAAAAUAAGCAUCCGGUGAUGUUAGUUGGGGGAGCUGGUUGUGGAAAAACAGUUUUAGUUAAUGAAAAAUUACAAAGUCUUUCAGAAGCCUAUGCCGUGCAAUCUGUUCCAUUUAAUUUCUAUACGUCUUCAGAAAUGCUACAGAAAGUAUUAGAGAAACCUUUAGAGAAAAAGGCUGGUAGAAAUUACGGUCCCCCGGGAAAUAAGACACUCAUAUAUUUUAUUGAUGAUAUGAAUAUGCCAGAAGUUGAUACUUACGGUACCGUACAACCUCAUACUAUAAUCAGACAGCAUCUUGAUUACAAUCAUUGGUACGACAGAACUAAGUUGACCCUUAAAGAUAUUCACAACACUCAAUACGUGUCUUGUAUGAAUCCAACAUCGGGUAGUUUUACAAUUAAUCCAAGAUUACAAAGACAUUUCUGCGUUUUCGCUAUCAGUUUUCCAAAUAAUGAAGCCUUGAAUAACAUUUACCAUAAUAUUUUAAGUCAACAUCUGGUUAAUCCGGAGUUGCGGAUAAGUGGUCAAGUCGCUAAGUUAUCAAACAAUGUUGUGACUGCGACAAUAGCUUUACACAAUAAAGUAUCACAAGUGUUUUUACCGACAGCCAUUAAAUUCCAUUAUAUAUUUAAUUUAAGAGAUCUAUCAAACAUAUUCCAGGGUUUUCUAUUCAGCACCAACGAAUGUUUAGUAGGUCCUUCAGAUCUAAUUCGUCUGUGGUUGCACGAAACUCACCGAGUGUACGGAGACAAGCUCACUGAGGAUAAAGAUAUUGACGCAUUUCUCAAAAUGCAGGUCGAUAUAUGCAAGAAAAACUUUGAAGAUAUUGAUGAAGGCGUCGUAUUCGAUAAACCAAAUAUCUACUGUCACUUCGCGGGAGGCAUUGGAGAACCUAAGUACAUGCCGAUCGAGUCGUGGGACCAGCUCAACAAACUGCUGACAGAAGCCAUGGCGAGUUAUAACGAUCUUAUUGCUGCAAUGAAUCUUGUGCUUUUUGAAGACGCUAUGAUGCACAUUUGCAGAAUUAGUCGGAUCCUGGAAAGUCCACGAGGAAGUGCGUUACUUGUGGGUGUAGGAGGAUCGGGCAAACAGUCACUUUCUCGUCUUGCUGCCUUUAUCUCAAGCUUAGAAGUAUUCCAAAUACAAUUGAAGAAAGGAUACUGUGUUUCGGAUUUGAAGCACGAGCUCUCGGGAUUAUACAUCAAAACCGGCUUAAAGAACGUUGGUAUUAUGUUUUUAAUGACCGAUGCGCAAGUAGCAAACGAACAAUUUCUAGUAUUAAUAAAUGAUUUGUUAGCAUCAGGAGAAGUUGCAGAUCUUUUCCCUGAUGAUGAGAUUGAAAAUAUUAUUAGCGGAGUUAGAAAUGAGGUAAAAGGUGCAGGUCUACCGGAUACAAGAGAAAUUUGUUGGAAGUUCUUCAUAGACAGAGUUCGAAAACAAUUGAAAGUCGUUUUAUGUUUCUCCCCUGUUGGUUCAACAUUACGAGUAAGGUCCAGGAAAUUCCCAGCUCUGAUCAACUGCACUUCUAUAAAUUGGUUUCAUGAAUGGCCUCAAGAGGCUUUAGUAUCAGUCUCGAUGAAGUUCUUGGAAGGACUCCAUGUUUUACCAGUCUCGUUAAGAGAUUCCAUUUCAAGAUUUAUGGCAUAUGUUCACACUUCAGUGAAUUCUAUUUCCAAAGCCUAUCUGUCGAACGAAAGAAGAUACAAUUAUACCACACCAAAGAGCUACUUAGAACAAAUCAGUUUAUACGCAAAACUUGUCAAUCAAAAAACACAAGAACUGCAGGCUAAGAUUUGUAGAUUAGAGAAUGGCUUGGAAAAGUUACGAAGUACUGCUACACAAGUAGACCAAUUGAAGGUUAAGUUGGCAAUUCAAGAAGUAGAGUUACAGCAGAAGAAUGAAGCUGCAGAUAAGCUAAUUGAAAUGGUCGGGGUUGAGACGGCCAAAGUUCAAAGCGAGAAAGCCCUUGCUGACGAAGAAGAGGAAAAAGUAGCUGUAAUAGCGGAGGAAGUCGCAAAGAAGCAGAAAGAUUGUGAAGAAGAUUUGAUCAAAGCAGAACCUGCUCUUGUUGCUGCACAAGAAGCGUUGAAUACCUUAAAUAAAGCCAACCUCACUGAGCUUAAGUCUUUUGGAUCACCACCUGGCGCUGUUACUAAUGUCACGGCCGCUGUAAUGGUAUUACUUGCCCCGGGUGGUAAAAUACCUAAAGAUCGAAGUUGGAAAUCUGCUAAGAUGAUGAUGGCAAAAGUGGAUGUUUUUUUGGAGUCCCUCAUACAUUAUGAUAAAGAAAAUAUUCAUCCUGAUGUCAUAAAAGCAAUUCAACCAUAUCUCAAAGAUUCAGAAUUUGAACCUGAAUUUGUAAGGUCCAAAUCGGCCGCAGCCGCUGGGCUUUGCGCGUGGGUAAUAAACAUCAUCAAAUUCUAUGAAGUAUUUUGUGAUGUGGAGCCAAAACGUAAAGCUUUGGCGGCGGCCAACGCUGAGUUAGCUGCGGCUACUGAGAAGCUGAAGUCAAUUAAGUCUAAAGUUGCGUCUUUAGAAGAGCAACUAGGGUCACUAACAGCUGAUUUCGAAAAAGCAACGCUAGAGAAACUCAAAUGUCAACAAGAAGCUGAUGCCACCAACAGGACAAUUCAACUUGCUAAUAGAUUGGUUAACGGACUCGCGAGUGAAAAUGUACGGUGGGCAGAGGCAGUGUCAAAUUUCAUGCAACAGAGUACCACUUUACCCGGAGAUGUUUUACUUGUAUGUGCCUUUAUAUCAUACGUUGGAUGCUUUACAAAACAAUACAGGCUUGACUUGUUACAUAAGAAUUGGCUUGUCUUUUUGAAAACUUUGGAGCCACCGAUCCCUAUAACAGAGGGCCUAGAUCCGUUAACGAUGCUGACUGAUGACACUACAAUAGCAAUGUGGCAGAAUGAAGGCCUGCCUUCUGAUCGUAUGAGCACUGAGAAUGCUACAAUACUUUCGAAUUCUGAUCGCUGGCCACUUAUGAUUGACCCACAGCUACAAGGAGUUAAAUGGAUUAAACAAAAAUAUGGUGACCAAUUGCGUGUGAUACGACUCGGACAAAAAGGAUACUUGGAUACAAUAGAAAAAGCAAUUAUAAAGGGAGAGACAGUUUUAUUGGAAAAUAUUGGUGAAACAGUGGAUCCUGUUUUAGAUCCUUUGUUAGGCAGAAAUUUGAUCAAGAAGGGCAGAGCUAUAAAAAUAGGUGAUAAAGAAGUUGAAUAUAGUCCUAACUUUAGACUAAUCUUGCAUACUAAACUUGCCAAUCCACAUUACAAACCAGAAAUGCAAGCUCAGACUACUUUAGUAAACUUUACCGUCACGAGAGAUGGCUUGGAAGAUCAACUGUUAGCCGAAGUAGUAAAAGCCGAGAGACCAGAUCUUGAAGAAUUAAAGGCAGAAUUAACGAAACAACAAAAUGAAUUUAAGAUUCAAUUAAAAGAACUUGAAGACGAUUUAUUGUCUAGACUAUCUUCAGCUGGUGCAAAUAUUUUGGGCGACACUGCAUUAGUAGAGAAUUUGGAAACUACCAAAAAAACAGCAGCCGAUAUUGAGAAGAAGGUUACAGAAGCUAAAGUAACAUCUUACCAAAUUGAUCAAGCAAGAGAGUUUUACCGUCCAGCUUCAGCAAGAGCAUCGUUGCUAUAUUUCAUUUUAAACGACUUGAAUACUAUUAAUCCGAUUUACCAGUUUUCAUUAAAGGCUUUUAGUGUUGUCUUCCAAAAAGCAAUUUCCCGUGCGGAACCAUCGGAUGAAGUAAAUCAACGAGUAAGAAACUUAAUAGAUUGCAUAAGCUAUUCUGUCUUUCAAUAUACAUCUCGGGGUCUUUUUGAAUGCGACAAAUUGAUAUUCGCGUCACAGAUGACUUUCCAGGUGCUUCUAAUGAGCGAAGAAAUUUCCCCUGCUGAAUUAGACUUUUUCUUGCGAUUUCCAAUUAAACCUCACGUGACGAGUCCAGUGGACUUCUUAUCGAACCAAAGUUGGGGCGGCAUAUGUUCUUUAGCUAGCAAGGAUGAAUUUAGGAACCUCGAUAGAGAUAUAGAAACGUCACCGAAACGCUGGAAAAAAAUAGUAGAAAUGGAAUGCCCCGAAAGAGAAAAGUUUCCGCAGGAAUGGAAAAAUAAAACUGCCCUACAACGAUUGUGCAUGCUAAGAGCAUUGCGACCUGAUAGGAUGACCUACGCAGUAGCAGCUUACAUCGAAGAGAGGAUGGGAUCGAAAUACGUUGAAAACAGAACAGUUGAAUUCAGCAAAUCAUUUGAAGAAACGAGUCCUACGACACCAAUCUUUUUUAUUCUUUCACCCGGAGUGAAUCCCCUUAAAGACGUUGAAACUCUUGGUAAAGUUAUGGGAUUCUCUGUCGAUAGGAAUAAUUUCCAUAACGUGUCAUUAGGUCAGGGCCAAGAAAUUGUGGCCGAACAAGCAAUGGAUGAAGCGUUAAAGAAUGGCCAUUGGGUCGUUUUACAGAAUAUUCAUUUAGUAAAAAAAUGGCUGCCGAGUUUAGAAAAGAAGAUGGAAAGUUUUGCUUCAGGCUGUCACGAAGACUUUCGUUUGUUUAUGUCUGCCGAGCCGGCAGCUACACCGGGGGCUCAUAUUAUCCCGCAAGGAAUUUUAGAAUCCAGUAUCAAAAUUACUAAUGAGCCACCCACCGGUAUGCAGGCAAACAUUCAUAAAGCCCUAGAUAAUUUCAAUCAAGAAACUUUAGAAAUGUGUGGCAAGGAAGCAGAAUUUAAAGCUAUACUCUUUGCUCUGUGCUACUUCCAUGCCGUAGUGGCUGAAAGAAGGAAGUUUGGCCCUCAGGGUUGGAACAAAAUUUAUCCCUUUAAUGUUGGUGAUCUCACUAUUAGCGUGUUUGUUCUCUACAACUAUUUGGAGGCUAAUUCUAAAGUCCCUUGGGAAGAUCUUCGAUAUUUGUUUGGUGAAAUUAUGUACGGAGGUCAUAUAACCGACGAUUGGGACAGACGUCUUUGUAACGCUUACUUAGAAGAACUUAUGCAAUCGGAUCUUGUCGAUGGUGAACUUCAAUUAGCUCCAGGCUUCCCUGCUCCCCCUAACACUGAUUAUUCUGGUUAUCACCAGUACAUAGAAGAUGCGAUGCCUCCAGAAUCUCCUUACUUAUACGGUUUACAUCCUAAUGCUGAAAUAGGAUUUUUGACUACUACUUCGGAAAAUUUAUUCAGAACAAUAUUCGAAAUGCAACCGAGAGAUGCCCAAGCUUCUGGAGCAUCAACUGUUACUAGAGAAGACAAGGUCAAACAAAUGUUAGACGAAAUAAUGGAGAAAUUACCAGAAGAAUUCAAUAUGGUAGAAAUUAUGGGCAAAGUUGAGGAACGUACGCCGUACGUAAUUGUGGCUUUCCAAGAGUGCGAGAGAAUGAACCAUUUGACUGGCGAAAUGAAGAGGUCAUUAAAAGAAUUAGAUUUAGGAUUAAAGGGAGAACUAACAAUAACGUCCGAUAUGGAAGAUUUAGAAAAUUCUUUAUUUUUGGAUCAAGUACCUGCCAUCUGGGCUGAUCGAGCUUAUCCUUCCUUGCUUGGACUCUCAGCCUGGUUCGUAGAUCUACUUCUACGGCUUCGAGAAUUGGAAACCUGGGCCACUGACUUUGUUUUGCCUGCCUCAGUGUGGUUGGCGGGUUUCUUCAACCCGCAAAGCUUGUUGACCGCCAUCAUGCAGAGCACAGCGCGCCGUUAUGAACUGCCCCUCGACAAAAUGUGUCUGCAGUGUGACGUCACUAAAAAAAUGAAAGAGGAGAUAGCUGACUCCCGGUCAGCACCGCGAGAUGGCGCGUACGUGCAUGGGCUGCAGAUGGAGGGUGCGCGCUGGGACGUGCAGGCCGGCAUCAUUAUGGACUCCAGGCUCAAGGAGUUAUUCCCACCAAUGCCAGUUAUUAAUGUUCGGGCUAUAACGCAGGACAAACAAGACCUUAGGAACAUGUACGAGUGCCCGGUGUACAAGACGCGGACCCGCGGCCCCACCUACGUGUGGACCUUCAACCUCAAAACAAAAGAUAAACCCGCCAAGUGGACCUUAGCCGGAGUUGCGCUGUUGCUUCAGAUAUAGAUGAUUAGAAUAAUGUUGCAAACGUAAUUUGCUUUCAUUAAUUAUUUUGUUAUAGAGUCAAUGUUACAUAAUGCCGCUAUAGAAUAACAUAGCAUUAUUUUAUGUAGCGCUUACAAGUAGU